UAGUGGGAUAGAGCUCUGGAGAGGUGAGGUUCCAGGACCCAUUGGUGAGGUUGUGUUCCCAGGGAAUUCAGGAUGGAAUCAUAGCAGCAUCUGCAACUUGGUGGCUGAAAGGUGGUAAAACAUAAAACAGGAAAAAUUGUUUAAUAAAAAGGAACCCAAAGAAAAUUUGUACAUCAUCAUAAUUUUGAGACAAUAAUAACAGGAUAAUCAUGAAUACCAAAGAUUUUAUAGUUCUUCCUUGGGGGAAACCUGGAAACACAGUAAAAUUGAAAUAUAAAAAUGCUCAGGAACUAAGGAUGGAGAAAGUCCAGUUAGAGUUGGACACUCAAGACAUGGAAAUGAAACUGCAAGAAUUCCAUUCUGCAAAGAGAAAAGAAAAGGAAGAGAGACAGUCAAAUGGAUUCUACUGGAAGUCUGGUCAACUGUGCAAAAUGAAUAAUCAGUCACAUAUGAUAGCACAACACAAAGAAAAUGUUAAGCUCUCUACUGGAAAAGUGAAAUUAAAAUUACUGAAAGAACAGCGUCAAGAACCAGUGAAGCAACAUCUUAAUUAUAGAAUGGUGAACCCUUCUGAAAGUAAAAAACCCAUGAGGAAAGGGAAGGUUUGUGGCCAGUGUGAGAACAAAGCUGCUCUACUAGUAUGCUUUGAAUGUGGAGAAGAUUAUUGUUCCGGGUGCUUUGCUAAAAUUCACCAGAAGGGGGCACUAAAGCUCCACCGAACAACUCUUUUGCAGGCAAAAACUCAAAUAUUAUCCAGUGUCCUGGAUGCUGCCCAUCAUUUCAUUAAAGAAGUUAAUCCAGAUGAGCCCCAAAAGAAUUGUUCUGCUAAAGAGAUUGGCAGGAGUGGAAUUCAGCAUAAACCCAGACCUCUGCCUCUGCAGGAGAACAACUGUGAGGUAGACGUUUCAGCAUCAGAAAGAGCACAAGGUACAAGUCCACCAGCUAGCCUCUUAAUUGAAGGGUCAUUUGAUGAAGAUGCUUCUGCUCAAAGCUUUCAAGAAGCUUUAAAUCAGUGGAGAACUGGACGUCAGGAGCAGGAUGAAAAACAGAAUUUACAAGCACCCAAACCAGAGUCAUUAGAAGAAUGUGAAGUACAAACAAAUUUAAAAGUUUGGAGAGAACCACUGAAGAUUGAAUUUAAAGAAGACAGUCUAUCCUAUAUGCAAAAAAUAUGGCUUAAAAAGCAUAGAAGCACUCCACAGAAGCAGCCUGGAGGCAUAAUAAGGGAUGAGGUCCCACUUCCAUGUGAAACGAUCAGUGAGACCAUUUGUCCUCAGAAUGAACACGUGGAAGUCAGUGAAGUUGACAAUGAUAAAGUACAACAACAAGCUCUUUUUCUGCCUGUAGAAGAAUUAAUCAUAGAGAGACCUGAACCUGCUCUCAGAAUCGUAGAACUGGAUGAUACUAAUGAAGAGGAAUACGAAGAAAUAGGAAAUGUCGUGCCUUACAAAGUUGAAUUAGCUACUAAAGAUAGUCAACAAAGUUGCACAAUUCAUGGUUAUCAGAAUACUUUUAUGUAUGGCAAUGAUAUCCUUCAUCAUCAUGUUUUCAUCAAGGGAAAAACAGACCUCUUACAUCUUCGUCUGAACAACUGCUUUUCUUAUUGCAAAGAUAUCUCAAAAGCAGGAACUUCAAAUACAAGUUAUGAGAACACUGUAGAUUCUGAUAUUUAUUCCACUGCCAUUGAAAAUUUAGGAGGAAGCAGCUUUGCUGAAAGAAAUUCCAAAGAGAAAAAUAUAAAUAUAGAAAGUAAUAUGAAGCCUGAUGAUUCCAGCAUAUCUCUUGAGAUCAAGAAUUCCUUUCCAAGGAUAAAUAAUGAACAGCCUUCCAUUAAGGAGAAAUUAUCUGAAGACAUCAAAGAAUCCUUGGAAUUUAGUAAUUUGUUUGAGAAGACAAACUCUAAAGACUCUAAAACAGAGUCCCCACUGUUGUUACAAGAAAUAGCUCUCAGAAGUAAGCCUAUAACUGAACAGUAUCAAGGACUUGAGCGGUUCUUUGUUUUUGGUAAAACAGAAAGACUCCACUCACUCCCUUCUCAAAGCUUAGAUCACAGCUCUUCCAGUACUUGGAUAUCAAUUACAGGAGAUAGAGACUGGAUCCCAGACCACAGUGUCAGUGCAUAUGCCAGUGCUGCAGUGGACGCAGGCAUGCAGCAAAACACUCAGAACUCACCACCAGAAAGAACACAGAAAAAGAGGGGAAAGACAUCACAGAGACCUUCAACAGCAAAUUUACCAUUUCUCACCUCUGGUAGAGAAAGUUCCAGUGGCCUUUCCUCCCCUCUGUCUCAAUCAAGAAGCGUAGUUGCUCAGUCAUUAUCCAGAUCCAUGACUCAGUUUCCAGAAAUUGAAUCUGCUGAUACAACUGAUCCUACUGAGAAUUUUCUGGAUGACACUGCUCAGCAAAAAUCCUUGACAAGUUUCGGAAAAGGACCGAACAUGCUGAAAAAUGUUUUAGGUCCUUCAGAAAAACUUUACAACCCAGCCUCUGAGGAGUUAGCAGCUUUCAACAACCAUUUGCUGGAUCUAAGUCAUUCUAGCCCAGUCUGUUCUAUGUUCUCACUUGGAAGGGUCACCUAUAAAGUUGAAGGAACCAGAUCUUCUGAAAAAGAUACUGAAAUUCAGUCUUUUUGUGACAGCAGCACAGAUGAGGAGGAAGAAGAGUUUUCUUGGCAAGAAGCUAAUCAUCACACUACUGUGGUCAGAGUACCCAAUCAGCAUUAAUGCAUUGCUUUUUAAAAAUUUCAUACUAUUUUAAAUAAGUAACCAAGUAGUUACCUCACCAAGUACUGAAGAAUUGAUUAUUAAUAUCUCUGAUGUUUCAAAAUUUGCCAACUAAUAAAGUUAAUGAAAUGAAAA